UGCGCGGGCGCGGGGAAGCCGCGGGGCCGGGAGGGAGAGAGGGAGGGAGGGAAGGAGGGCGCUGGUCCCGCGCCACGGGGAGGCUGCGCCGCCGCCUCCCGAUGCGCGUCGUGUCUCUCUCUCUCUCUCUCUCCCCCACAAUGAUUUUCUGCGGAAACAAUAGCAAAUAUCAGCGUUUAUUUGCGCAGGGGCCGCUGGCGGGGCGGGGCGGGGCGAGCGCGGCUCGGCCCGCACAAUGGGGGCUUUGUUGGGCGCACAGGGCUCCUCUGUGCCGGAGCCGCCGGGCUCAGCCCCGCUCCCCCGCGCUCCCGCCGCGGCUGCGGGGCAGCAGGAAGCACCGUCAGAUCGCAGGGGAAACGCCAGCCAGGUUUAAAGUUAGUGCUGACACCCUACGGAGCGUAGCUAAUCAGCGGGACAAGCAUCUCUGAGUGUAGCUGGCAGAUGGGAAAGUCCCCGAAAGGGACACCAUGGAUACCACCGGCCACAGCGUCCUCCUCCUCCAGCAGCUGAACAUGCAGCGGGAGUUUGGCUUUCUGUGUGACUGCACAGUUGCCAUUGGAGAUGUUUACUUCAAAGCCCACAGAGCGGUGCUCGCUGCUUUUUCAAACUAUUUUAAGAUGAUAUUUAUUCAUCAGACGAGCGAGUGCAUAAAAAUUCAGCCUACAGACAUCCAGCCUGACAUAUUUAGUUACUUGUUACAUAUCAUGUACACUGGGAAAGGGCCAAAGCAGACCGUCAGCCAGAGCCGGCUGGAGGAGGGCAUCCGCUUUCUGCACGCAGACCACCUCUCCCACAUCGCCAUCGAGAUGAACCAGGCCUUCUCCCCAGAGCCUGUCCAGUCCUCCAACUUGUACGGGAUCCAGAUCUCCACGGCACACAAGCUGGCAAAGGAGCGCCUGGGAGCGAAGGAGAGCCUGCCCAAGGCGGGCGGCAGGUCUGCGGCCCAGGGCGAUCACCCCCAGCUGCAGCUGUCCCUGGCCAUCGGCCUGGACGAUGUCCCCCUGGACCAGCAGGCCGCUCGCCCCGCGGCCCAGCCCGCGGCUCUGGCCAAGCCGGCGGAGGAGCGCCCGAAGCUCUCGGUUUCCAUAAAGCAGGAGAGGUGCGACUCCGAGCCCGUGGUGUCCCAGAGCUGCACCCCUCCUUCUCCGGGGGUAGCGAGCCCCAUCCUCGCCAAGGGCAGCCUCAAGGUGCACUUGUGCCACUACUGCGGGGAGCGCUUCGACUCGCGGGACGCGCUGCGGCAGCACCUGCACACCCACGUCUCGGGCUCGCUGCCCUUCGGCGUCCCGGCCUCCAUCCUGGAGAGCAGCGACCUGGGCGAGGUGCAGCCUCUGGCUGAGGACAGGGAGCCUGGGGAUGGCCAUCGCCUCGGGGCCUUCCUCCUCAAGGAGGAUGAGCAUCAGCUGGAGCACCCGAGCUGCAGCGACCUGGAGCCUCUGCAGAUCGGGCAGCUCUCCCUCAUCUCCAAGGACCACGAACCGGUGGAGUUGAACUGUAACUUUUCUUUCUCAAGGAAGAGAAAGAUCAGCUGCACCGUUUGCGGCCGCACGUUUUUCCGGAAGAGCCAGCUGCUGGAGCACAUGUACACGCACAGAGGGAAGCAGCACAGGUACGGCCGCUGCCAGCAGCUGGAGGGCCCCACCACCCCCAGGUUUCACCCUUACUGUGACAGCGAGAGCGUGGGUAAGAGCUCCAGCUUGUCCCAAGACCACUUAGAUGAAUGUAUUCUGGAGUCAGAUCUCAUCCAAGAAAGUGUCGAUACGAUCCUGGUAGAGUAAUUCUCCCCCUUCAGAUGCUGAAACUGGAUGUUUUGGCAUUCUCCACCUAGGGAGUGGCUGCUCUGUGCAGCUGAUUUUCUUGAGCCACCAUUCCCCUCACCACUGAGAUAACUGUGAAGGACUGUGUACUUUGACUUGUGUACUUGCUUUUUUUACUUCUCUAACUUUUAAACUCAAGUUAAUUCCCAUCUAAGUCCUUCUUGGAAGCCUCCGUGUAACUCAGUUAUGUUUUUCCUGAAUGUGAACUUAUUCCUACUCUGCUUUACUGGAGUAAAGGCUGUAUUGCUGGGUGUGAGGUUUAAACAUUGUCUAGUACUCUGUGUGGUGCCUAGGACUGUUUGUAUCCUGUAGAAUUGCUCUUCUGAAACCAGAUGGAUGGAAGUGUAGAGGGAAAUACUUAUUGUGUUUCCCAAACAGUUUGUUUUUAAUGAAAAUAAAUAUCUCAAGGAGAUGAAUCCUGAAGUUCAUGUUGUUCAUGUAACUGCAGUUAA